UUUGUCAAAAAUAAGCUAAGUUAGCAACGGUAGUUUGGCUAGUACGCACCAUCGUACGAUAUAGUAUUUAAACGACUAGUCUGCAGUAUAUUUCAGGUAAAUUUAUGGAAAUCACUAGGAUUAACUGCUAUUCAGCUAUCAACGCAGAUAAAGUUGAAUUUGUAAACUAGUUUUAACUAGUGGUUACGGCUAAUGCACAAAGUGGCUAGCUGGUUGUAAACGGUAACCGCAGCUAGCUAGCUAGCUAGCUAGCGACCGUUGUUAGAAGGUGAUUAACCAGAAGGCGUCAUCAGCGUAAAGGUACCGACAGUGAAGGUGUGAUUUUAAAAUUGCGUUUUUCUCUUGAUUGCUGUGGGCAAUAUAUACAAGGGUGGACAUAAUGCACCACGUCAAGAUCAAGACUGAAAGGCCAGAUUUAGAGGGGACUGGUGCACGCAGCAGAUUGGAUGCUGUGUUAAAAGGGCUGGUAGAGAAAACUGAAAACGAAAGAGAGCAGAAUGAGGGAGAUUCAGGAAAAAUAUCAGCUGACUCUUUAAGCAAGGAUUUGUCUCCAUCAUCUGCUGGAAAAAGACCUUCAGCUCGAUUUCCACAGCAUCGGAGAAAGAAGCGAAAAGAGAUGGACGAGGGCAUACCAGAGAGCAAUCAGCAUAAACAAAAUGCUUAUAUUAUUAAGUUAUUUGAUCGCAGCGUUGAUCUGGCUCAGUUCAAAACCAGCACCCCACUGUAUCCUAUCUGCCGUGCCUGGAUGAGAAACAACCCUUCUGUUCGAGAGCCAGCUACUUCCCCAAGUUCUCCACACAGCAUGGCAGAGGAAGAGGUUACAGACAUGAUCAACGGUAAAGGUCAGAAUGUGUACCGACUUCCUCCCCCCACCUCCUGUCCAGUUAACAGAACUGGUGAACCCAUCAAUCUCAGGAUCCCACAGAAUGAAAAACCCACUGUUACCAAGUUAACAGAUGUUGCUGUACCAGGAUCUCUCAUAUGUGACCACAUGGAACGCUGGAAAAAGAUACGGCAAAAAUGGAAGGAAUGCUCCAACAAGAACCAGUUAAGAUACAGUGAAAGUAUCAAGAUCCUUAAGGAAAUGAAGGAGCUCUAUGAUCGCUAACUCACCACUUCGUAGCUCUCCAGCACAAAAUGGACUCUAUGCAUAAACAUUGCCUUUACAGCCAGCGUUUGAAUCCACCUGCCUUCUACACAGUCAGACUCUUAGGAAAUCAUUAACACAACCUUGAGCCUUAAAAAGACCAUAUGUUCUUUGCAUUGCAGAAAAAGUUUGCUACACUUUCUGGUGUGUGUGUCCCCUGCUGAUAUGUGGGGGUUUUUCCCAUUCAUAAAGAUUCAGUGUAGAUGUCUGAUUAAUUUAACUCCCUCAACAGAUGUUUUUUUUUCCCAGAUACACUGUGACUUGUGCAUCCUCAACAUGAACAAAAAUUAAAGUUAAUUUUUGAUGUCUUCCA